CCUGGUCCAAUGGAAUGUAGUUAGUUUGUGCACGUAUUUCAAGAUGGUCGCAGUAGUUUUAACUAAUUUGUGUUUAUAUUGUUUGUACGUUGGUACUUGGGAGAACCCUAUUCCUCCAGUAACGUUUGACGUCACCACGAAUGCAACGAAUCCGAUGAGGGUUGGCGACGUCGUGGAGUAUAAUUGUACUGCUCACGACUUAUUCAGGCCAGAAUCUACCAUCGUUUGGAAGCAGGCACGAGGCUCAGUAGAACGCAGAAUGAUAGCGGGUCAUAACGGACUGGUUUGGCGGAAGACAAUUCAGUCUUCAGACCAUGGUACAGAGGUCUUCUGUGCAGCCUCGUUCUUUAGGAAAAGACCGGAUAGACCAGGACAGUUGAACACAUUCUAUGCAUUUUCGGAUAAGAUACCUAUACAGGUCGAAGGGGGAUCACAAGCCAUAGAAAAAAAAAGUAAAGAGAAAUUAACGUUGAGCGUGCGGCCAGCAGCCAGUUCCUAUAAAGCUGGUGACUACGUCGAGUAUACGUGCACAGCUGAGAACAUGCGGUACCCGGUGAUCGACAUACGACAGCGGCAGGGUCACAUAGAAAGGCAGGUCUAUGUCGGUUACCAAGCGGGAGGAUACCGGUGGAAGGGGCACAAUUUGACGGAAUCCGAUAAUGGCAGCGUCAUAUACUGCCAAGCUUGGCAGCUAGACAGUCGAUACAACAGCUAUGCCUUCAAUGGCGAACCUUUUACCUUAAAUGUGCAUUGAUUUGACAAUAACAUACGCAUAACACCAAAUUAACGGGGAGUUUUCCAGUUAGUUCCAUCCGGGGCUCUCUUUUAGAGAUAAGUCCACCUUUUGUACCUUUUGUUUUAUUUUUUGUUUUUGUCAUUAAUCAUGUAUUAAUAUGUAAUAGAGUAAAUUUAGUUCCAACAUUAUGAGAUCCAGAGAUGGCGUUAACAUCAUUUUAGGAAAACUUUUGUAUGGGAUUUGGGAUGAUAUUUAACAUCUUGUAAAAGCUUCUUAAAUAAAUAGAAAAAAGAUA